AUGGAAUUCUAUCACAUUUCACACAAAAAAUUAACUGGAGAAAUUUCACCUUUGAUUUGUAAUGCGAGUUCUCUUGGUUCCCUUGAUGUGUCAAGUAACCAUUUGAGUGGUAUGCUUCCGCGGUGUCUCGGAAACUUCAGUAGUAGUCUUAAAGUUUUAAGUGUUGGAAACAACUAUUUUCAUGGCACUCUUCCUCAUUUUUGCUCCACCAAUGGAAGCGAUUUGAUGCUGAUUGAUGUCAGUCGUAACCAACUGCAGAGGAAAUUACCGAGGUCAUUGGCGAAUUGUUUGAGGCUCCAGUCUCUCGUUCUGUCAAACAAUAAGUUCGAUGAUGUAUUCCCCAUUUGGUUGGGAACUCUUCCAGAAUUAAAAGUUUUGGCAAUGAGGAAUAGUGGGUUCCACGGUGUUAUUCCGAGACAUCAAAGCAAUCAUGAUGGUUUCCCCAAUUUGCGCAUCCUUGAUCUGUCUCAAAAUAAUUUUACCGGUCAGUUUGCAUUUGAAUUCAUCCUCUCUGGAAAAUCAAUGAGAGGUAUCGAUCUAAACGGAUUAGAGUACAUGACAGCAUUUGACUUCCUAAUUUAUGAAUCUGGACCCAGUAGUUGGUAUCUUGGAGCUAGUUACAGUUAUGAGUACUCAAUCACGCUGAUGAAUAAAGGUUUAGAUAGAUACUUCCAAAAGGUUCGUGAAGACUUCAUGGCCAUCGAUUUGUCGAGCAAUAGAUUUGAAGGCAAGAUUCCAGAAUUUAUUGGGAACCUAAAGGGGCUUCGCUCACUUAAUGUAUCCAAUAACAUUCUAACUAGCCGCAUCCCAUCAUCCUUGGGAAACUUGACAUAUCUUGAAGCUUUGGACCUUUCACAUAACAACAUCUUGGGUGAGAUCCCUCCAUCACUGUUGCAGCUUUCAUUCCUCCAACAAUUCAGCGUCUAG